AUGGAGACUAAAUUGGAGCCGCUGUGGGUAUGCUUUCCAGGGAGGUGUGACUGGGCAAGACGGAGACAGACAGUUGAUGUCAGAGAGACCUGGGAAGAAAGACAGAUGGCCUGGAGCAGCAGCAGCAGUGGGAAAGGAACACAAAGACCCCAAGCCCCCCCAGAGUCAGCGACCGAGAGGAAGGAAAAAGAAGCCGACGCCCCGGGCAUCUCGCAGGCCGCAGUCGGAGGUGAAGCCAGGCCAGGACCAGCCCAGCCCAUCUCUCCCGCGGCCCGAGUCCGGGGACGCGCGUCCCAUCGGUGCCCGGGCGAGUCUCACCGUAGGCGGGACAAGGACUUCGGCCUCCCGCCCGCCCAGGCUCGGGCCACGCCACUCCAGCACCCCGCCCUGUCUGUCCGCCCCGGCCACGUGGAAGCCGCCGACAAACCCCCGGGACCAGAGGGCGGCGAGAACCUCCCCUCCGCCGGAUCCGCUGGGGCAGCCGCCGCCGCCGUCGCUCUGCGAAGCCCCGGGGAAGGCUUCCCCCAGCGCCCCCUUCAGACCUGUGCUUACACCUGGGAGCUAGAGAAUCUAUGCAACCUUGACUUUAAAGAGAUGAGCCCACCUACACCUGAACAGAAAGGGAAGCUUAAGAUCGGGCUUUCACUGCUGAGCCUCCAAAAACGAAUCAGAUGUUCCAUUACAUGCCAAACGCUCAAAACAUCGAAAGGAAGAUAUUUUACAAAAGGUUGUCAGAUUUCUAAGGUGCUAGGAACACUGGGUCCUCUAAUUCUCCCUUCAACUAAAAAGCUGAAAGCAGAUUUCUUAAAGUGCACUGCGUGGGAAUCAAUAGGUGUUUGGUGAAUAAAAGGAUCCCAUGUCAGAUACGGAUUAAACAAAUACUGGACGUAUAAAAAAUCGAAAAAAAAUCACUUAUAAAUUAAAAAAAAA